CUUUAGUUGUGGCCUGUCAUUAUAAAUGCACCUUUACUGUCAUUUGGCGGGCUUUUAGGUUAGAAAACUAUUUAGACAAAAUUUUAAAUCGAAAUGUUUUGUGAGAAAGCCCACGUUUUGAUCAAAGAAUUAUCUCGAAACCGGGACGCUUUACCGCCUUACAACACUGAUCUUCUCAAUGAAAUCAACACUGAAGUCAAGCAACUCAUUACUCAAAACCAAGAAGAUGCUCAAAUUUCUGAAGAUAGUCGGGUUAUGAAUCACGCCUCUUAUUUACCUACAGUCAAAAUACGGCAUGCGGCUAUCAAACGGAACAUUCGAUGCAUUCUGGCUUAUCACUACAAUCGGUUAAAAUGUCUCAGAAACAUGCGCUGGCAAUUCGGCAGUAUUUUACCGCCAGAUGUUAAAUCGAAUUUAAGUCAAUCGGAAAUUGAAUGGUUUUCGAAAUAUUCCAGCAAUUUAGUACAAUAUAUGCGAUCAAUUGGUGAUGAAGGGAUUAAUUUAGCUGUGGAUUUAAAACCGCCAAAGUCUUUGUAUAUUGAGGUCAGGUGUCUAACGGAUUAUGGACAGUUUGAAUUGAACGAUGGUUCGGUGUUGUUAUUGAAGGAAAACAGUCGUCAUUACUUACCGAGAAGCGAAUGCGAGGAAUUAAUACGACAAGGGGUCCUUGAACACGUUGUUUGAAUUUGGCGCCUUUUUUUUAAACAUCAAAUGUCCUUGAAAAUAUUUAAAUUACCUUAUUUUUGUACGUGGUGAUUCAAUACUAAAUAAUUAGUUGUAACAUAAUCUUAAAUUAAUCUUAUUUCGUAAAAUAAAAGCGUCCAGUGUCGCCAA